AUGUCAAUAAAGUUCAUGUGCACAUAAAGGCAGGCAUCCCGAAACUUUUGGCAAUAUAGUGUAUUUCAGGUACCAUAUUUUGUCAGUUAAUAAGACUGACAUGAGAUAUGUUUGCAAUGGCAUACUCUUAUUAUGUCUGUAGUGCAAAUGUACAAUUAAAAAAGCUAAAUAACUUUUAAUUUUUAAGAUCCCACUCAUUGCAUUAAACACAACGCAGAGGGGGUCAUGUCAUGUGACAACAUAUUAGUAUUGUUCCACAUACUGUACAUAAUGUGCAUUAUUCAGAGAUCGGAAAACUAAUGCACAGGUUAAGUUUAUUUCCCAGCUCUGAGCUUUUCAAAGGGGGCGUGUCCUGAAGGAAUCAUUUUAAAAUGAGCUGCAGCACCUUCAUCUGCUGUUAGGUGAGACGGUGAACUUCACUCACUACAGAUCAAUAACCAGAUCACUGCAAGAAACUUGGAGGAUCAGUCUUCACCACACAAGUCGUCAAUCAUGGUGAGCACCCUAAAUGAACUGCACCAGCUGAAAAAAUCCAGUUUCGGUCAGCCGCGGCCGCCGAGACAUGGCCUGAACCUGUUGUACUGGUUCGCUCAUGACUAUAUAGACUUCAGCAAUGGUGAAAUUGUCCUCAAUUUCAGGCCUGAGAAGGGAGAGUUUGGCUUUCACAAGUACCAGAACAGAAUUGAAGACGAUGAAGACAACAACAUCGUGCCCACACCCACUCAGAAUUUCCCAUACUAUGAGGUUGGCAACCUGAAUUUUGAAGGAGCAGACAAGCUCCCAAAUUAUGUCAGGGGAAAUGACCGCAAUAUUCCUGACGGUAACAAGGAUCGCAUUAUAGUGCGACUUGAUGCCAAUGGCAGACUCAACAGGGUGUAUGUUACUGAACACACUGACCCGAAACGAUUCGGCCGAAGCAGAACUUUCCGUGUGAGUGAGGGCCUCCUCAAGAUCAUCAAGAACAUGCGUAAAGAGAAGUAUCUCACCGAGGUCUCCAACACCGACACGCGAGAUAUACAUGGCGGAUAUAAAUCGUCGGGACAUAGGCCUAACGAGAGGGCGCCUGAGAACGACUCCUGGUGGUGUGCCAUUCUUUAAAUAUGAAGCGCUGCUUGCCAUUAAUCUACUCUCUUUUAGUCAUGAUUGUUAUAUAAAUAUUUUAUAAUCUUUUACAUUGAACUGAUAAACAUUCAUUAGUGAAGCGCGGGAAUCGCGCCUUUAUGCAUCUCUCGAGUCAAUGAAUCGGAGCACGUACCUGCCCAAGUCACAUGAUUUCCACAAUUGAGACUUCGUUGCAUCCUACUGUUUUGAAAUGUCAGUGAUGUAUCUGUGAGGAUGGUAUUGGGGUGUUAUUACAUGUAUUAAUCCUGUGGUUGUAAGUGAUCUCGAGUCAUUUUUAUAUGCUUGUAUUCAUUAGAAUGCUUUUACAUGGCUUUAAGUUUCGAGCGCUUCGAAGUGGCGAAGCAAUCGACCUUAUUCAGCGUCAUCUUUGAUUUUGACAGGAAUGAAUGAAAGCGAGGCUGUGAGGGAUAGAUCUCUUUCAGUCUCUUCUCUUCUGUUUAAUUUAAUGUGUUUUUGGAUUGUUCUGCUGACGAAACAGCAAACAUCUUUCCAAGAAAUUUCUAUUUGUUAUUUCUAUGAGCUGUGGAAAAUUAUAGACUAUAAGUGAUCUGUGCUUAUUAUAGCAUUUCCCUUUCAUACCUGUCAUGGCCCUGCUCUGAAUAAGGUCUAUUGGUUCAGUUGAAGCGUUUUCAAAAAGCCUCACUUCUCCCGUCACUAUUAUGUUAUGUCAUGUUAUGUCUUAAUCACAACAUUUGGUUCAUUUGCUGAUUUUCUUUUAUUUAUAUUAAAUUUGUGAUUUCUCUGGCUUGGUUGGAAAUAAAAUGACUUUGGAAACUCUACUCUGAAAUACUUAAAAAAAAAAAAAAACCCUCUGGAACUUGGAAAUAAAAAACUUUGGAAACUUUGAA